CGUCAGAACAUGUUCAGCUGGGAGAGAGGCAGAGAGGCCGACGACUGUGGUUUUCUGUGGCCAAGCGGUCUGCGGCCAGGAGGCUUUACCAUUUUAAUGCAUUUUGCCAGGCAAUUUCGAUCAUAGUUUUUCUCGCGUCAGUUGCGAGUGAAGGAGGCAGGACUGCUUGUGCCUUAUUUGAUUUUCACCCCGGUGUUUCACCGGAUUUGUUCCGCUCGGAGUAAUCCUUUCAGCCCCUUGCCUAAAUAAAGCCACGCAGGCCGGAACUCUUCUCCAAACAAACCACGGCGAUUGUGUAGGUAGUAAGUGUCCCCCAUCGACAGAGUAGCAAAAUUCUCUGUUUUGCUGAACGAGCAGUGCGCGCAGGAUUUUUUUUUUGACCGAGCAUAGCAUCUCCCAGCAUGCCCUGUGCGAGCCUCGCGCUUUCCCGCCAAUAUUUCGAGGUCACGCUCGGUGACCUCAAGUGAAGCGCGCCACCACACGCUGGUUCUAAACCGACCCGGUUGUUGGCGGUAUCGUUGCAAGCACGCGGGGACAAACCACGACGCGUCGACCGGUGCGGUGUGCCUACCGUUUGCCAGCCUUGCACUUCGGGACAAACGUGGAGCGAAAACUGCUUCAUACACAGCCAUCGUUGUUUGCGGUGUAAACACUGUCAGCUUCGCUUGGAACCUCGUCAGAAAUCUGGAUCCGAACAAACAGUUUCUGAGGGUACGAAAACGUCGUUGAUAUGGAGAGAUUCGGGGUAGUGUAUUUCGUGUUCAGUUGCUUCCUCAAUCGUUGUAUCUUGGGUGCGUGCAGCAGUAAUGGUGGUGGGUACGAGUACAACACCAAUCGUGAGCACGAGGAGCAGGCAAGAGAGAAUAUCACGCGUAUUCUGAACGAGUUGACCCAAAAUUACGACAAGAACCUACGGCCUGGCAUAAAAGGUCCUCCGGUGGUCAUUCAGAGCGAUAUCUAUGCCUUGAGCAUCGGCCCCGUGGUGGAGAUAGAUCUGGAAUUCAGCAUGGAUGUCUUCUUCCGACAGCGCUGGACCGACCCCCGCCUCAGGUUCAACAGCACCUCGGUGGAGAUGCUGCCGCUCAACACGAUCAUGCUGGAGUCCAUUUGGUACCCAGACACCUACUUCUUCAACGGCCGGCGGAGCAAGCGCCACACCGUGACCACACCCAACCGCCUGUUCCGCAUCUCGCCGGAGGGCAAGGUGCUCUAUACACAGCGUCUGACCUUAAAAGCAGAAUGCAUCAUGAACUUGGCAAAGUAUCCAAUGGACACACAAGUCUGUCCGCUACACUUUGGAAGCAACAGUUACUCUGAGGAGGACGUGGUGUACCGCUGGCUACACGAGCCUGAGAACGCUUCGGCCUCCGUCGAGGUGUCCGAGGACCUCCGCUUCUCGCAGUUCUCGCUUCAGACGUGGAAAGCCGAGAGAAGCGUCAAGGUAUCCGACCGCAUAGGUAACCGGACUCAGCUGACGGUGAACUUUCACCUGGCCCGUCACGCUGGUUUUUUUGUCAUCUCGACUUACAUUCCCUGCGUGUUGCUGGUCGUUCUUUCCUGGGUCUCGUUCUGGCUGAACAGGGAGGCCACACCCGCUCGGGUUGCGCUCUGCAUCAUGACCCUGUUGACCAUCACCACCCUGGGGUGGAGUUCCAGGGCCGUCUUGCCUAAGGUCAGCUACGCCAAGGCCAUCGACUGGUUUAUCGUCAUGUGCUUUGGCUUCGUCUUUGCCGCCAUGGUGGAGUACGCCGCUGUCAACUACUUCACCAAGAGGCGGGCUGGCAUGUUGCCCGGGAUGGCAGAUGACGACGACGAUGACAUGGCACAAGCCGAGGCAGAGAACGUGGAGGCGACCCUGCGAAAGAAGCGACGCUUCACCCUGCUGAGCAGCCUGACCCGCUACAACAUCAAGGUCAAGAGUCCGUACGAGGCCAGUAAGCAGUCGUUCCUGAGUGACCUGCUGAGCUGCAUCUGCGGCAACGCCGAGUACCGUGACGCCCGUCUGCGGCAGAGCCGGGCCUCUGGCAAGCCCUUCAACAGUGUCAGCCGCAUCGACGUGGCCUCGCGCAUCAUCUUCCCCGUCUCCUUUAUCGUAUCUAACGGCAUCUUCUGGUUUGCCUACAACUGAGAUUAGGGAAGUGGGCAGCCUGGAACAAACGUCAACAUUAAAUCUCCAAGCACUUAUAUCAGGAAUCUUGCCAAACUCCCUAAACUCCUCCACACCGUAGGAACAGAACGACAAAUUCUAUGUAUAUAAAUUUUCAAAGGGAAUGAGGCUCUGCGUAGAGUAAUAACGGCUGUGUUGUACCUUUCUUUAAUCCAAUAGCAUCUCCAAUCUUGUUGGAUUUUGAAAGAUCUUGUAAGGUUAGAUUCAGUUAAAGACACCAGAUUGCAGAUUGUAUGGGUUGUGUUCUAGCUGUAAUCGUUGCGUUUUAAGAAAAUGAAUUUAACGAAAUCGUUCAUGGAUCUCUCCGUCGUUGUUUCUCAUUUAGAGCUCUUGGAUACGUUUUGAAUUAACAACUUUUUUCACAGCCAGUUUCACCCGAUGAAGUAACUUCCCACAAUCAGCCAUGAUUGAAAACAUGACUGCAACUUAUGAUUUUGCGAACCUUCUGGGGGGAGAGUCAUAAUACCAUACAAGUUUCAAAAGCAAUAUGUCAUAAAGGAGAUGUUGUAAAAUAGAUGGUGCUUAUUCCUUUUGUUCCUUUUUUCCUCUUCCACUACUCGAGAAUAUUGUAUCCAGAGACGGGGUAAAUCAUUUGUAUUAUGUAUUUCCCCUAACGGAGAAAAGACGGCAAGUUUUAAGAAGGUAACUCCCUACAAAUAAACAUAUGCAUCACUUCCUUCAAUCCAAAUCAUUCACUUCACUCAAUAUAGCAUUUCUAUCCAAAGGACAAGUUCAUUUUAUUUCGUUCGAACGAAAUAUCUCCGAGAAGCGAAAUUAAUUUUCGCAAGAACAGAAUAAUAUUUAGAGAAUACUUUUUAUUUCCUUUCAUAAGACCUUAGUUUUUGCUCUACCUGCCACCUUUAGGAGCUCGGUUUUUAGGGAGAUAUAGACAGUAAAGAAACUAUAGUGUAAAAGUUUGUUAUUCAGUUGUAGAACAAUUUCUGAUUCGUGAUUGAAGUGUGUCAUAGAAAGUACAUAAUAACUGUAAAGAAUUUUUUUAAUGUAACCCGUAUCUGUGUGAAGAGUUGACGGGAAUCAAAGCAAUUAACAAUUACCAUUAAAGUAAAUCUUUAUUUUCCUCUUGAUGAUAUUACAAGAGAUAUUUGUCAUUAGAGUUUUGGAAAACUGCGUUCACAGUCUAGAGACACUUGUUCUUGUUUGAUCAAACAAUUGUCACGCGCUUCUCCAGGUUUUUCUUCAUUUAUUUGCUUAUCGAAUAUAUCCUUAUGCGUAUGUUCUGAUGUUUUAUACUUCUUGCGUUUCACGGAACAAGUACAUGAAAUAAAUUCUGAAAUCUUAUGAA